GCCGGGAAAGAGGACGGACUCUCUAGCCGGGCUUGGCGGCUACCACCCCACUGUCACCCUGGCGCUGCGUUGUUUGGACGGCGUGUUCCUUUCUCCUAUGGAGAAUGACUUCGUCGACAAAAUCAUGGAGGAACUGGACCACUUCCUGAUACAGAACCAGCUGGAAAAAGUCCUCUUGUUUCCUCCUCUGUCUAGUCGCCUGAGAUACUUGAUCCACCGAACCGUUGACGACGUUGAGCUCCUGAGCAGUUUUUCUGUCGGAGAAGGAUGGAGGAGGAGGACGGUGGUCUGUCAUGCGGCAGUCAGGUUGCCGGAUGAGGUGGAUUGCCCCAAUGGUGCUGUUGAAGCUUCUCACUUCCACCACCCUCCCCAUGCCAGAAGCAGAGGGAGCCGAUCCAGAGGAGGCCCACGGCAGACGGAAGCCUUGGCCAACGGCCCCCAAGCCCGAAGAGGGAAUGGCCGGGGUAGAAGGCAGCCGCCCAAGAAGCCAGACAGAGCUCUCUACGUCCCCAGGGCGAUGCGGAAGAAGCUGGAGGACACGGGACAAGGUAGCUCCACGGAAGCCUUUGAGAGUGGAUCGCAUUGUAUGAGCAGCAACAAGGAGGGAUGUCACACAUCCAGGACCGUUUGUGGCAGUGAAAGGAUUGCAGAUGGACACAGAUUAUCCAGCAAGACGGAAUAUGAAAACACCAGGUCUCGACCCCCACCCAAGCAAAGACAUGCAGAUAUGGAGUCUGCUACUAAUCAAAGUGACCGAGGUGUUCUGGGCUGCCCAGAUGUCUCUCUUUGGAAGGAGGCACCAAGGGUAUCUUACCUGGAAAAGCAGGAGAAUGUGAAGGCGGCCACAUUGGUAUCCAAAAGUAGUCCAAACCUGUCUGAAAUAGGUCCCCAACACAAAGAUGGCAGAAAUGUUUUUGCCCCACAAAGCUGUGGAAACUCAGGUUUUCCAGAAGAACUGAUGGAGACCUUUGUUGACGCUCUUUCAAAACUGAGUGGACAUUCAACUUCGCUUGAAGGCCAGAAAAUCGAAGCGCCAGAUGUCCAAACAUUGAGCACAAUGCCGCUGUUCCUAGAAGGUUCGGAUAAAAGCGGCCAGGGUUCCAUUGGGUUAGAAAGCGAUACGUUCUUGUCCCUUCCUGGAACAGAUGCUCCCAAUGAUUUUCUGUUGGAAUCUAGUCAGGACUCACCCCUCUUGGAAAAUGACCACCGGACAUGUCCAUGUGCCGACGGAGGAGAGGAGUGCAAGCUUCUCCCAGGACUGGGAACGAGAACUGUCGAGUCCUCCAAGGACUCACUGGAGUUGCCGGCGGAAACCCAACCUCAAGAUUGCACGGUUGCACUUCCGCUGGAGUGUGGCCAAACCCAGCCCUCUGGACUCGUGAAGGAGGACCUAUUGAGGUGGGACGGUUGCAAAACCCCAUCUCGGCUAAAUCCUCAAGCUGAACCCUACUUGCACACCUCCAUCCCCAACUCCAACAAAGCCACGGUAUCAUUCGAAAGCCAGAAGAAGGAGUCCGCAAGCCUGGAGGGGCAUCAGUGGCCGGGGGUCGAGCUGUCUGCUGGGGAUAGGAGCAUGGGAGUUUCUUCAGCGGAAGGGAAGAGCAGCGUAUUCGAAGAUGAUUGCGGGACGGAACUCUUGCAGGAGAUCACAAAUUAUUUGACCAUAAAAGACAUAAGCAUUGAGAAGAUUCAGUUUGAUUACUCCAGUUAUGGGGAGGCACAGAUCAACGAAGGAGAUUUUGGCCAUGUGCUAGAGAUCUAUGAUUUUUCCCCAUUGCUAAAAACAGAACAUCUUAUGGAGACCUUUGCAGAUUUCCAAGAGGGUGGAUUUAAGUUGCAGUGGGUUGAUGACACUCAUGCCCUUGGGAUCUUUUCCAGUUUGGCAGCAGCAUCUCAAGCCCUGGAACAGAACUAUACCUCCGUCAAAAUCCGGCCUCUGAUCCAUGGAACGAGACAGUCAAAAAUCAAGGCACUUCAGCGUCCAAAGCUCCUUCAGUUGGCUAAAGAAAGACCCCAGACAGAUACAGCAGUUGCCAGACGACUAGUAACCAGAGCCUUAGGAUUACAGCGCAAAUAUCAGCAGAACUCAGGCUGCCAAGGAUUGGAAUCGGCAGCCACCAACCUGCCAGAUUAAAAACCAGAGAGUGGUUUGAA